AUGCUGACCCCCGUCCGCUGCCGGGCGGUUCCAAAUGCGACUGUUGCGACCGCUGCCCGAGUCCUCCGCCGAUCCAAUCUCUUUUCCCGACACCCUCGACAACUGCGACACCUACGAUGGGACUCGACCGUCGCCCAAGUGCUCGAGCGCAACGGCCUCGCCAUCCCCUCCACCGCCCGCCAUAACGAGAUCGGUGUCCAGCAGCUGAGCGAGCACCUCUACAAGCAGCUCUUCCCCCGCGGAAACACCGACCCUCCAGCCCCCGAACUCAUCGAGCUGGCCAAGGACCAUCUUGCCCGUCACGACUUGCUGGGAAAGACCACCGACAAGACCCCUCCCAUUGCUUUUGAACUGCCAUCCUUGGUGGGCGAAACCCUCGACGAGCACUUCCACAAGCUGGGCGUCGACGCCGCCGAACCCUUCCUCUCCCACGCCAGGGAGUUCGCAGCCGUCGACCUGCCUCCGAAGCCGACAACCUGGGUCCGGAGGAGUGGCUGGACCAAGUACAACUGCAAUGGCACGACAGAGUACAACGUUCUGCCCGAGGGCAACAUGAUGUGCUUCGAUGUCGAGGUCAUGUACAAGGAUAAUCCCUAUGCUGUCAUGGCAUGUGCUGGUACUCCGGACGCCUGGUAUGCUUGGCUGUCGCCGUGGCUGCUUGGAGAGACGGAGGAAAAGUGCCAGUUGAUACCAAUGGGCGAUCCAACCGUCGAGAGAAUUAUUACGGGACACAACAUCGGCUACGACCGCGCCAAGAUCCUCGAGGAGUACGACUUGAAGCAGACGAGGAACUUCUUUCUCGACACCAUGUCUCUACAUGUUGCCGUGAACGGAAUGUGCUCCCAACAACGACCGACGUGGAUGAAGCACAAGAAGGCCAGAGAGCGGCGGGAGAAGGGCGAAGCGGAAAAUGCCAGUAUCGAGUUGCAAGGACUCUUGCACGGUGGCUCGCUCACUGCCGAGGAGGCCGACCUCUGGGUCAACAAAAGCUCCAUCAACUCUCUACGUGACGUGGCCCAGUUCCAUCUCAACGUCAAGAUCGAUAAAGAAAUCAGAGAUGUUUUUGCCGAAACAGAUAGGAAUGUGAUUCUGGACCAGCUGGACGACCUCUUGACGUACUGCGCGGCAGAUGUUCAAGUCACCCACCAAGUUUACCAGGUCGUCUUUCCCAACUUCCUCAAAACCUGCCCUCACCCUGUCAGCUUUGCCGCUUUACGACACCUCUCCUCUGUUAUUCUGCCAGUCAACAAGACCUGGGAUCAUUAUAUCGAGACAGCUGAGGCCACCUAUAUGCAAAUGCUACACGGCGUUCAAGAGCGCCUUCUUACCCUUAUGGAGGAGACGUUGGAUUACAAAAAUGACCCCGAGAAAUAUCUGAAUGACCCUUGGUUGAGCCAGUUAGACUGGUCAGGACAGGAGAUCAAGUGGGCUAAGCCACAGAAGAAGAGUGACCCGCCGCGGCCAGCCUUGAACCAGAAGCUACCCGGAUAUCCCCAAUGGUACAAGGAUCUGAUCCCAAAAAUCCCAAAGAAUCUCUCGGUCAUCGACCUACCUGGCAAAGAACACGAAAAUAGAAAGGCUCGACACGAGUUCGUCAAUCUCACCGUCCGUACACGGGUAGCACCUUUGCUUCUCAAGCUGUCGUGGGAAGGCUACCCCUUAUUCUGGUCUGAUCAAUAUGGCUGGACGUUCCGGGUGCCACGAGGAGAAGCAGCGACCUUCAUCCAGCGCCAGAUGACACCUAUUGAGUUUGAUGACCCGGACCUCGAUGAGCGACUCAGGGUGGAUUUUGAUCACAGGUACUUCAAACUUCCUCACAAAGAUGGCCCGACUGCCAGAUGCGCCAACCCGAUGGCCAAGGGCUAUCUUGCCUACUUCGAAAAGGGUAUCCUCUCUUCCGAGUACCCGUACGCAAAGGAGGCUUUGGAGAUGAAUGCUUCCUGUUCGUACUGGAUCAGUGCGCGGGAGAGAAUCAAGAAUCAGAUGGUAGUUUAUGAAGAUAAACUUCCUCCUUCACAGAGGUUUGCUACCAAGGGCGCAGACGACGAUACCCCUGUUGGAGGAUUUAUCCUCCCUCAGCUCAUUCCUAUGGGUACCAUCACUCGUCGUGCGGUCGAGAGAACAUGGUUGACGGCAUCCAACGCCAAGAAGAACCGUGUUGGAUCAGAACUCAAAGCCAUGGUUCGCGCACCACCAGGUUACGUUUUUGUCGGCGCCGAUGUUGACUCGGAAGAACUUUGGAUCGCAUCGGUGGUUGGAGAUGCCACUUUCAAACUUCAUGGUGGUAAUGCCAUCGGCUUCAUGACCCUUGAGGGUACCAAAUCCCAGGGCACUGAUCUCCACAGCCGAACAGCUGCCAUUCUGGGCAUCACCCGUAACGACGCAAAAGUGUUUAACUACGGUCGUAUCUACGGUGCCGGUCUCAAAUUCGCCUCUCAGCUUCUCCGGCAGUUCAACCCUAGCUUGACCGAGGCGGAAACGAUUACCAUCGCGACCAAGCUCUACGACGCUACCAAGGGUGCUAAGACUAACCGCAAGUCUCUCUACAAGCGACCCUUCUGGCGAGGCGGCACCGAGUCCUUCGUGUUUAACAUGCUUGAAGAGUUUGCCGAGCAAGAGCGUCCUCGUACCCCCGUCCUCGGCGCGGGCAUCACAGAGGCCCUCAUGAGCCGCUGGGUUAGCAAGGGUGGUUUCCUGACCUCGCGUAUCAACUGGGCUAUCCAGUCUAGUGGAGUCGACUACCUUCACUUGCUUAUCAUCGCCAUGGACUAUCUCACCCGCCGCUUCAACCUCGCCUGUCGGUUGACCAUCACCGUACACGACGAAAUCCGGUACCUUGCCGAGGAACACGACAAGUAUCGGGUAGCCAUGGCGCUGCAGAUUGCCAACCUGUGGACCCGCGUCAUGUUCGCACAGCAAGUCGGUAUUCAAGAUCUGCCUCAAUCCUGCGCCUUCUUCAGCGCCGUGGAUAUUGACCACGUGCUUCGGAAGGAGGUCGACAUGGACUGUAUUACGCCUAGUAACCCGGUACCGAUCCCGCAUGGCGAGAGCAUUGACAUCUUUCAGCUUUUGGACAAGGGAGAAGCAGCAAAAUUGGACGAGAGCAUUGUGCCAGAGUCUCAAUAUGCGCCUCGGCUGGACAACAUCCAGUACAAACCUCGUGUGCCUGUGAUGGAGACACUUCGCAAGAGGGCGGAGGGCAGCGAUCACCAAGCCUUCCUGCGGUUCAUCCGGGCGCAGAUUACCAACUCUGAUGACGAGCUGAAGCGGAUUAUCGCGGAAACAAGAUACAGUGAACCGUAUGGUGGCUACUUUUUGAUGCCUAACGGACGAGUACCUAUCAACCCUCACAAGUGCCACGCCCCUGUACAAGCUCCGAAAAGCACCGUCACGGCUCCUUCAAAAUAUUCCGCUGCGAACCGUCUAGAUUCCGUUAUGGGGGGGAUACGAACAGCUGCCGCUGCUUCUGCUUCGAAACAAUCUGUCGCAAGCCGUCUUGAUUCUCUCUCGAAUGCAUCAAGAAUGGAGUCCUUCGCCGCUGGCGUUGAUAAACACACUACGAGGGAAGUCAAAGCCCAGGGCAAAGCCAUGGCGGAGGCCAAUGCCAAUGCUGCCAGGCUCGUCGCUGACACCAAGACGGCUGCGGUCCCCAAGUCAAUCCCCAGGUCAAUUCCCAAGGAACAAACCAAGGAGCCAACCAAGAAGGAAACCAAGAAGGAAACCAAGAAGGAAACCAAGAAGGAAAUCAAGUCGAUCCCCAAGGAGCAAACCAAAAAGGAGGUUAAGGAGCAAACCAAGAAGGAAACCAAGAAGGAAACCAAGUCGAUCCCCAAGGAGCACACCAAGAAGGAAACCAACAAGACAACCAAAUCAGCCUCGAAGAGAAAAGACAAAGACGAGGAACCAUUCCCCUCCCUCGACGACCCCAAGAUCGCCGCCAGUCUCGAAGCCGUCUCCAAGACUUCGCCAGGCACCAAGGCCUCCGUCGCCGCAAAGCUGGAUGCCCUUGCAUCCAUUGCCAUCCGCGCAGUUGAAGCUACCGAGGCUACCGCUACUCGUCAGACGAGUACCGCUGCCUCUGCCGUCAGCACCUUUUCCUUCUCCUCCUCACCGUCCACAGAGCUACCAACCGCUGCUCCCAAGACCCCCGAGGAAGCUACCCCUAUCCCUACCGCCACACCAUUUACUCCCACUCCCACAACCACGCCCACAACCGUAACCGACACCAAAAUCAAACAGACCAAAUCAACAACACCAACAAAGCGCGGCCCCCGCCGUCCCCGCAAAACCCCCAUCAUCCCUUACACCGCCCCCAAGAAGAAGUUACCCUCCGGCGUCUUUUCCAAAGACCAAAAGGAGGUCAUGUCCGUUUCCGAGGCUGUGAGGACUGCUGAUGCUACUACAGCUAACGCCGGUGCUGGGGCGAAUGAUCCGUCAGCGGUUGGGGCGAAUGGGGCGAAUGGUCCGGUGGUUAAUGGGAAGAAGAGGGUUUGGAAACCGGCGCAUGUUUAUUGGCCGCAGCAGCGGUAG